AUGACAUGUAGGUCUCCCAGCAGCAGAGCCUGGAGCUCAGUCUCCUCUCAGCAACAUGGAGGGGGCAUUGCUGCUAAUAGUGAUCCUAGGGGCUGCAGGGACCAUGCACCUGGGGGAAGCCUGCGGGGAACAGACGUGCCCUGCAGCCCCCGAUGGCCUCGUGAACGUGCACCUCAUUCCUCACACUCACAAUGAUGUGGGCUGGCUGAAGACAGUGGACCAAUAUUAUUAUGGAGCCCAAAACUAUAUUCAGCAUGCUGGGGUGCAAUAUAUUUUGGACUCGGUAAUCUCUCAGCUGCUCUUGGAUGCCAAGAAAAGGUUCAUUUAUGUAGAAUCUGCAUUUUUCUGGCGUUGGUGGAGCCAACAGUCGGAGGGAUUAAAGAAGGAUGUUCGGAACCUUGUUCAAGAGGGUCGCCUGGAGUUUAUUAAUGGAGGAUGGACUAUGAAUGAUGAAGCUGCGACCCACUACAGUUCCAUCAUUGACCAGAUGACACUUGGAUUGAAAUUUCUUCAGUCAACCUUUGGUGAAUGUGGAAGACCUCGGGUAGCCUGGCACAUUGAUCCCUUCGGACACUCACGGGAGCAGGCCUCACUGUUUGCCCAGAUGGGGUAUGAUGGCCUGUUCUUUGGCCGGCUGGAUUAUCAGGAUAAGGAAAAUAGAGAAAAAAACAAACAGAUGGAGAUGGUUUGGAGAGGAAGUGAUGACUUGAAUCCACCCGUUGCCGAUCUCUUCACUGGUGUCCUCCCUAAUGGUUACAACCCACCAAACGGAUUUUGCUGGGAUCAGUUUUGUUCUGAUUCUCCAAUCAUGGAUAAUCCACUCAUGGAGGAUUAUAAUGCAGAUGCUGUGGUGACCAACUUUCUUUCCGUUGUAGACCAGCAGUCCCAGCAUUAUCGCACUAACCAUCUCAUUAUGACCAUGGGAUCUGACUUUCAGUAUGAGAAUGCCAAUCUAUGGUACAAGAACAUGGACAAACUGAUCACUCUGGUCAAUGCCAAGCAAACUAAUGGCAGUAAAGUGAAUGUAUUCUACUCAACCCCAAGCUGCUACCUGAAUUUCCUGAACAGAGCCAACAUGUCCUGGCCCAUUAAGACGGAUGACUUUUUCCCGUAUGCUGAUGGUGCCCAUAUGUUUUGGACGGGAUAUUUCACCAGUCGUCCAGCCUUCAAACGCUACGAGAGGUUAAGCAACAACUUCUUACAGGUCUGUAACCAGUUGGAGGCUUUAACAGGAAUGGCAGCAAGGAAUGGACCAUAUGGAACUGGUGACAGCUCUGUGCUUAGGCGUGCGAUGGGUGUUGCUCAGCAUCACGAUGCAGUGACGGGAACAGCUAAGCAGGCUGUGGCCGAUGAUUAUAAUGUCCGCUUGUAUAAGGGAUGGGACUCCUGCCAGACUCUCAUCAGUAAUGCUCUCUCCAAUUUGAUGGGAACGAAGGAAAACUUUGUGUUUUGUACUUUGUUGAACAUCAGUGUGUGUCCGUUCUCGGAGGCAGCCAAAACUUUCAAUGUGAUCCUCUACAACCCUCUUGGACGCAGUGUCACAUGGAACGUCCGCCUCCCUGUCAGUGGUCGCAAGUACUUGGUGCUUGGCUCCUCUGGUGAGCCUAUACGAAAUGAGGUGGUUCCUGUGUCUGAAUUCACAAAGGCCGUACGUAGGGAUAAAGGGCAAGCAGAGCAGGAGCUCAUUUUCCAAGCUGAAAUACCCCCAUUGGGCAUUAGCAAGUUUGCAAUAGGAGCACUGACUACACAGGGGCUGUUCGUUAAGCCCAAGAAGCUCCUGCAACAUCCCAACUCAAUCCAGAACCAGUAUUAUCAAGUUGAUUUUGAUCCUGGCACAGGGUUAAUUGCUGGAAUUCGUAACCUGGAAAAAGGAAUUUCGUUACCUUUAACACAAAGUUUAUACUGGUAUAAAGCUAGUGCCGGUAAUGCAGGCAGUGCACAGGUGUCUGGAGCUUACAUAUUCAGACCGAACCAAACUGAAGUGGAGCAUGUGACACAGAAAGUCCAAACUUACCUAGUUGAGAACUCGCUGGUCCAAGAAGUGUAUCAGAAUUUUUCAUCUUGGUGUUCCCAAGUGGUCCGAUUAUACAAAGACCAAAGAUAUGUGGAGCUGGAAUGGACAGUAGGCCCGAUUCCCAUUGGGGAUGGACAGGGAAAGGAAGUGAUCAGUCGUUUUGACACCAAACUCCAGACUGAUGGAGGCUUUUAUACAGAUGCAAAUGGCAGGCAAAUUCUACAGAGAAGGAGGAACCAUCGUGAGACUUGGGAACUUGAACAGACUGAACCUGUAGCUGGAAACUAUUAUCCUGUAAAUAGUCGGAUUUAUAUCAAGGAUAAAGACACUCAAUUCACAGUUCUAACCGAUCGAUCUCAGGGCGGAUCCAGCAUCACAGACGGAUCAGUGGAGCUGAUGGUUCACCGGCGCCUCCUGCUGGACGAUUCACGUGGGGUAGGGGAGCCCCUUUUUGAGCCAGGGCAGUACGGAGAGGGCCUUGUGGUGAGGGGGAGACAUUUACUGCUUCUGGACUCUCCCAGAGAUGCUGCUGAACAGCACAGGCUUCUUGCUGUGCAGGAGUACAUGUCACCCCAGAUCAUACUCUCCUCCACUGAUGGAGCCCCGUACUAUAAAGGCAACCCAUCGCGUACACAGUUCUCAGGGCUGCAGGCAGCUCUCCCUCCAAAUGCUCACCUCCUUACAUUUGCUCUGCGAGAGCCAAACAAAGUGCUGAUCCGUCUAGAGCAUCCAUUUCAGGGACAGGAAAGCAGCAAUUAUUCACAACCGAUCACAGUCAACUUGCAGACCUUGUUCUCCACCGUGUCUUUAUCAGACUUUAUAGAGACAACACUGUCUGCUAAUGAAGAGAAGAACAAAGUGAAACGCAUGAGCUGGAGGACAGGGAAAAGCUCCCCAUCGCUGGCAGAUAUUGCCCAUUCUGCCCUGGAUCCUUCUAACGUGACUCUGAAUCCUAUGGAGAUCCGUACUUUUCUGGCCACUAUCCACUACAAGUCUCAGGUGUGGGAAAGCCGGUAAAGGACGGGUAAAAGACAUGAACCAUUGUCCUGAGGAGCCCCUGUACCCUCCACAUGUAGGGUAGCUCAACUCUUUCAAUUGUGCCUUAAGUCAGUGUGCCAUCCACAAUACCCCAUACCCCCACUCAACCUUUCCGAUAUGACAUUAAACUGCCAUCUUGCCAUAAGCAGUUCAUACAAUACAAAUUUAAACAUGCUACCGAGACAUUGAAGUAUUAUCUACGAGUUAUUCCCUGAACCAGGAAUUUGAUUCAAUUAACAAGGGGAUUUCAAAAUACCUGGUCUGGACAUUUUUUACAACUCCUUCCCAGAAAAGUGAAUAAACAUUUUGCAUGAAGAAGGAAUAUAAUACAUGUAUUAUAUUCCUUUUUAAUGCAAAAUGUUUAUUCACUUUUAAAUAUAUUACGUCAAAUGCGUCUGUUCUGAUACUUUACAUUUAAAUAAACACGUGUUGUUACAACUGGAGUGUUUAAGAGCAAAGAAAUCUCUUUAAUCAGUUCCAUAACAA